AUGGAUGAGUCUCAGAAGAAGGUGUUAGGCGACCUGAUUAGGAAGAGAGGGGUAAUAAAGGCGUCUUUAACACGUAUUCGUACAUUUGUUACCAAAUUCAAUCCGAGGGAGGAUGCUAUUACGCUAUUAGAAUUCAGGCAAGAAGAACUACCGAAUAUAAACAAAAAGUUUGAUGAAAUCCAAUGUGAAAUUGAACUUUUAAACUGCGAUGAUGACGAAAAUGCUAUUCGUGAAAGAGAAGCGUUUGAGAAUGAGUAUUUUUCCAUCCGGUCAGACAUGCAGGAAAUCAUUAAUUCAGAGAAACGAGACACAUCAUCGAUGAUGCAUAAUGUUUCAACAAGUUCCACUGUGCAUAAUCAAAGAGCUAGACUUGCCCCGAUAUCUCUACCAAGUUUCGAAGGUGACAUACUAGAAUGGGAGUCUUUCUUUGACUAUUAUAAGGCAAUGGUGCAUUACGAUGACGGAUAUCCUUCAGCCCAGAAGUUCUCAUUUCUUAGAUCAGCUCUGAAGGGACAAGCAUUGGACAUUAUCAAGGGCAUACCUAUAACUGACGCUAAUUAUAAUGUGGCAAUAAAAAAGUUACAAGAACGAUACGAUAACAAAAGUUUGGUGAUCCAAUCUCACAUUCGUGCGAUUCUUGAUGCGCCACGGGUGGAGGCCUGCCAGGCAAAGGAAUUGCAGGGCCUUUAUUCAAGCAUGUCCGCACACGUCGCAGCACUUGAAGCACUAGGCCAACCAGUCAACAGCUGGGAUGCAUGGCUUAUAACAAUUAUCCUAAGGAAACUUGACCAUGCAACCAGUCAUGAAUGGCAAGUGCGAAGAACCAACACAGAGUUACCGAAAUACAGCGAGCUGCAGCAAUUUCUGUCAAGUCGUUGUGUUGCUUUGGAGAGUUCGGAGACACUCCGGAACGCCAGCGAUGAAGAUAAACGUAAACCAGAAACCAAGAGUUCUUAUUUAAAAAGCAAUGCUCAUAAUCACCCUAGAAAGGCUCUUUACACGGCUAGUCAUAAAGUUAAGUGUGAAUGCUGUGCAGGCGAACAUCGGAUAUACGCAUGUAGCAAGUUCAAGGAAAUGCCAGUGGGAAGCCGUGUACAGAAAGUUCGAGAGGUAAAGUUGUGCUUCAACUGCUUUUCAAACCUGCAUAUGGCGGAUGUCUGCAAGUCAAGGUACACCUGCCGCGUGUGUAAUGGUAGACACAAUACGCUACUACACUACGAAAAGCAAGAACCUCAAGCCACAGCGAAUGAAGAAGCUACCACUGAGAAGGUAGACAAUCCAGGCGCGAAGGUGUUUUGUGCAGCUCAAAGAGUUAAUCAUGUCUUCUUAGCAACCGCUAUAGUCUCAGUGCUGGACCGUUAUGGGGAAAAAAGACCAUGUCGAGUAGUAUUGGAUAGCGGGUCGCAAAUAAACUUUGUCUCGAGGAAAAUGGCCAAGCUGUUAAAUCUUGCUCGCGAGAAGGUCGAACUACCAGUAACUGGAAUAGGAGCUAACCGGAUUCAUUCAACUGCGUGCGUUACCAUAGAUGUGUUGUCCAGGAUAAAGGAAUUUCAAGUUGCUCUAGUUUGUCACGUUCUACCUACCAUUGUAGAUGACCUUUCGCCUCAUGCGAGUGGUAAAGCCGAUUGGAAUAUACCAAAGGAAUUCAAUUCACAACUGGCUGACCCAUUGUUUCAUUCAUCAGGGCCAAUAGACAUGCUGAUAGGCGGUGGCGUCUUUUUCGAUAUACUGGAAGCUAGACGUAUUCGUUUGGGCACAGGAUCGCUGUGCUUGCAAGAUACCAAGUUUGGUUGGGUCAUUACCGGAGAGGUUGGAGCAGUAUGCCUGUUAAACGUUAAAUCUGUCGGCCAGUCACUAGAAGAUGGAUGGAUUGCCAUAGAAAGCAGCAAAGACGUUAGUUCUAAUGAUUUGUCUAAAACGAACAAGAGGAGUCUGGAAGAAAGGGAAGCAGCAAGACACUUUCAAGAAACUGCAAAACGCGACCAAGAUGGUAGAUUCGUGCUACGGUUACCAUUAAAAGCCGAAGUUACUAAUUUAGGAGACUCUCUGAGAAUGGCAACUUCAAGGUUUUUAAGCGUGGAACGUAGACUACAGCAGGAUGAAUCCUUGAGAGAAGCAUAUGUCAGCUUUAUGAAGGAGUAUGAAAACGCAGGUCAUAUGCACGAGGUAAACAACAGUGAGCCGGUAACCAAUAACCGUUUUUAUUUACCCCACCACCCAGUUGUAAAAUUGUCAAGUUUAACAACGAAGUUAAGAGUAGUCUUUGAUGGGUCAGCCAAGAGUUCAACUGGAGUCUCACUUAAUGAUGUCCUUAUGUGUGGGCCCACAGUACAAGAAGAACUAUUCAGCAUAUUGAUACGAUUUCGAACGCAUCAGUAUGUUAUAACUGCUGAUGUAGAGAAGAUGUUUCGGCAAGUGGGAGUGUCCAAGGAGGAUCAAGACCUGCAGCGUAUAGUAUGGCGGGAGAAACCAAGCGAGGUACUUCGCAUAUUUAGACUAGCGACAGUCACUUAUGGUACUACUUCAGCAUCUUUUAUGGCGACUCAAUGUCUCGCAUCGCUAGCAGAAGCAGAAAAUCUAAGAUUCCCUAAGGCAGCGAAGGCAAUACGUAGGGACUUCUAUAUGGACGACCUAAUGACUGGAGCUGAGACUAUAGAGGAAUGCAAGAUGUUACAGUCGCAAAUCAGCAUGGUUUUAGAGUCAGCCAAACUACCGCUCAGAAAAUGGUGCUCUAAUUCAGCUGAGAUACUCAAAAGCGUACAAGCAGCCGAAAAUGAGCCAUUAUUCAUAAUCAAAAUAGAAGCAGAUGAGAUAGUAAAAUCUCUUGGGUUAUGUUGGAAGCCAACGCAGGAUGUGCUUGGAUAUCAAGCUAUAAUGCCAGCUAAGAAUCCAAGAUGUACAAAAAGAAUAUUGUUAUCUGACCUUAACAGGAUUUUUGAUCCUCUUGGUUUUUUGACACCUGUACUCACUAAAGGCAAAAUAUUCCUGCAACAACUGUGGCAAAUAAAAAUAGAUUGGGACCAGCCAAUUCCGGACGAAAUAAGGGAGAAGUGGCUCCGAUUCUACAAACAGUUCGAGGAGCUCGGAGCGCUAACGAUUCCUAGGAAGUGCAAGCCAGUCAUGAGCGAUCAUAUUGAGGUGCACGGAUUUUGUGACGCUUCUGAAGAAGCUUAUGGUGCAUGCAUCUAUGUGCGGAGUAAAGACCAGAAUGAACAGUGGUGUUCACGGCUAUUAUGUUCAAAAUCGAGAGUAGCACCAGUCAAGGGAGCUACAAUACCGCGUUUAGAACUUGGAGGCGCUCUGGUGUUAGCACAGUUGGCAGAAAAAGUAGCAGCAGCAUGGGAAUUAGAUGUCAAAGAUUUCCACCUUUGGACUGAUUCCACGGUGGCAUUGGGUUGGAUCCAAAGUGAAGCAAUUAGAUUUAAAACCUACGUCGCGAAUCGCGUAGAUCAAAUACUUGAGCUGACCAAUGCACAACAAUGGAGGCAUGUAGGGACUGCCGACAAUCCAGCUGACAUACUAUCCAGAGGAGUAUUGGCACAAGAACUGAAAGUCUCUGAGUUAUGGUGGAAUGGACCACAGUGGUUGAGCCACAGCAAUGAUGGUUGGAAGCAUUCAGUCACCACACUGCCAGACGAAGAAAAAUUACCAGAAAGGCGAGUGGUUAAGCUCGCACUCACCACGAUGGAUCAGUCAAUCGGAUUAAUCGAACACUACUCAAGUUGGCGUCGACUAGUGAGAGCCGUUGCCUGGUUUCUUAAGUUUAUAGACUUCCGAAGAACAAGGCAGAUCGGCACUACAGCAAGGUAUUUAAGUGUAUCGUAUUUAAAGAAAGCCGAAAGUAGUUUAAUAAGGCAAGCACAGUUACAAGAAUUCAAUGAAGAAUAUAUCUCGCUGAGCAAAGGCAAGGAAGUAUCAGGGCGUAGUAAAUUAAAGGGACUACAUCCGAUGCUCCAAAGCGAAAACUUAAUACUAGUUGGAGGACGACUGGCCAACGCCCAAAUUGCAGAAAGUCAAAAGCAUCCUAUUGUGUUACCUGCAACCCACAAAAUUACCAGGCUAAUUUUCGAAGACACUCACCAGACCCUUCUUCACUGCGGGCCUCAAGCAUUACUAGCAGAGAUUAGACAACGAUACUGGCCAAUCAGAGGUAGAAGCAUGGCUCGUUCUGUCACGAAACGUUGUGUGAUCUGCGUUCGAGCAAGGCCAAAGUUUGUAUGUCCUCUAAUGGCUCCGUUACCAAGACAACGCGUAGUCCCUACUAGACCAUUUGCUGUCAGCGGUGUAGACUUCGCCGGGCCUUUAAUGAUAAGAAGUGGAAUACGGCGCCAAACAGGAAUAAAAGCAUGGAUUGCAGUCUUCAUAUGUCUCUCCACAAGGGCCAUUCACCUAGAACCGGUCGUCGGGUUAACGGGUGGAGCAUUUUUGGCAUCAUUACGACGUUUCAUGUCACGAAGAGGAAAGUGCUCAACAAUCCAUAGUGAUAACGGUACUAACUUUGUAGGAGUGCAGAAAGAGUUAGCAUCAUAUUUAACCAACUGCGAGGCAAGCAUGGCUAGUGAAGGGAUAGAGUGGAGAUUCAACCCUCCCUCAGCGCCCCACUUUGGUGGCUUGUGGGAGAGUGCAGUGAAAUCGACGAAGCAUCACUUAACACGAGUGUUAAAAGAUGGCAGGCUUACUUUGGAGGAGCUAAAUACGCUGCUUUGCCAAAUUGAAGCUUGUGUCAAUUCGAGGCCAAUGACACCACUGGGAAGCGAUCCUUCUGAGCCUAAUGCCCUUACUCCAGCUCAUUUCUUAAUUGGUGGAUCUUUAUUAUUAGCACCUGAGCCCAGCUUAGCAGAUGAGCGAAUAGAACAUCUACGUCGAUGGAAGUAUGUUCAAGCAUUAAUGCAAGGGUUCUGGACAAGAUGGCAUAAAGAAUACUUGCCACAACUGCAAGUACGUGGCAAAUGGACAAGUAAAAAACAUCCACUGAGUAUCGACGAUAUAGUCAUCAUAAAGGACGAAUGCACGCCACCAGCAAAAUGGCGAUUGGGAAGGGUAAUGAGAACGCACCCUGGGAAGGAUGGUGUUGUGAGGGUCGUCACAUUGCGGGUUGGAUCCGGAUCCGAGAUAAAACGACCUGUAGUCAAGCUAUGCGCGCUGCCUACUGAGGUAUCAUCGGAUAGAAGUUGA